UUCGGGAUUGGGCCCGUGUUUUCUUCGCGGCUUCGCUUUUAGCUAAGUUGCUAAAUACUUUCCGAGGAAGACCGCUAACGUUUCUGGGUUAGCUAGCUAAGAUCUCAACGUAUACUUUUACAUGGAAUAUUUUAUACAUUUUAUUGUUUUUUUAAUGGUAGGGGUUGAAUGGUUAAACGGUUCAAUAUCUGUAUGUCAUGUUUAAGUGAUGAUGCGUUGAGAAUUAAAAGAGAAGAAGAAGGAGAAGAAGAAACAAUGAAAAGAAUUUAAAACUGAAUUGAUUUAGAAAGGAGCGCGCGACCGACCGGGAGAUUUUUUUUUAUCCAGUUAGCUAGCAGGCUAGUUGAGAAACUGGCCUAGCUAGUUAGCUAGGUUGUUUUUUUACGUGAAUACAUUGUUGAUUUUAUUUGCUGUCAGGGUGUGAGUUUGUUUUAUUUUCGUCCUGUGUUUUAUCAUCUCGAUGGCGCCGCAGAAAUACACGGGUCAGGUGGUGAGCGCUUCUGCGGGCGGCAGGACGAGUGGAGCGGUGUGUGUCUCCGCCGUCAACUCGGUGAAAAAGCCCAAAAUGGAGCAGAUCCAGGCCGACCACGAGCUCUUCCUGCAGGCCUUCGAGAAGCCUACGCAAAUAUACAGAUUUCUGCGCACGAGGAACCUAAUUGCUCCGAUUCUGCUACACAGAUGUCUCACGUUCAUGUCCCACAGAAACUCUCGUACAAACACCAACAGGAAAGCUUUUAAAGUGGACAACCUGUUGGCAAAGGUCGAGAAGAUGAAAGGUGAUCAGGAGUCACACAGUUUAUCAUCACACCUGCAGCUCACCUUUACUGGAUUCUUUUAUAAAAACGAUAAGCCAUGUCAAAACUCAGAAAACGAGCAAAACUCGGUUUCUCUCGAGGUGCUACUCGUCAAAGUCUGCCAUAAAAAGCGAAAGGAUGUCAGCUGCCCCAUAAAGCAAGUGCCUACAGGGAAGAAGCAGGUGCCUUUGAACCCGGAUGUGAAGCAGACGAAGCCGGCGUCAUUCCCCACGCUACUCGUGUCCAGCACCGAGUUCGAGCCCAGCAACAGCCACAUGGUGAAGUCCUACUCACUGCUGUUUCGAGUGUCCCGGCCUGGAAAAACACACUCCAGCGCUUACGUCAACGGAGAGACAGAUGAGAACAUGGAUGUGAAGGAGGACCUAUCGAGCAGGAAGAAAAGGGGCGUGUCUCACCGUGAUGACGAGGGAAACGCCACGGAGACGUUCGUCGCACAGAUGACCGUGUUUGAUAAGAACAGGCGUCUGCAGCUGCUGGAUGGUGAAUACGAAGUGUCGAUGCAGCAGAUAGAAGACUGUCCUGUCAGUAAGAAAAGAGCCACCUGGGAAACCAUCCUGGAUGGAAAGAGGUUGCCUCCGUUUGAAACGUUCUCUCAGGGACCAACUCUACAGUUCACACUACGCUGGACCGGUGACCCAAACGACCCCUCGACGGCUCCUGUAGCUAAACCGCUGUCCACACGCAACUCUGACACCAGCGGCCCUGAAAUUCGCACUCCCACCCUCAGAUCUGCCCCUGCGGGUAAAGUACAAAUUAAUACCAUAACUGUUAUUAUAAGUGUGUUUAAAAAAAAAAGCAGAUUAUAUAGCAGUUUCUGUGCUCAUAAAAAAGUAGUGAAAGACUCGGUGAACAGCAGCAGUACAGGCGGAGGUGGAGGUUGUGGAGGUGGAGGUGGUGUUCAGACAAGGAGAGAGCAGACCGUCUCUGAGCCCAGACAGAAGCUCCGCAUUUUCUAUCAGUUUCUGUACAACAAUAACACGCGGCAGCAGACAGAGGCCCGUGACGACCUGCACUGUCCCUGGUGCACGCUGAACUGCCAGAAGCUCUACAGCCUCCUCAAGCACCUCAAACUCUCACACAGCCGCUUCAUCUUCAACUACGUGCCUCAUCCCAAAGGGGCGAGGAUAGACGUGUCCAUAAACGAGUGUUACGACGGCUCGUACGUAGGGAAUCCUCAGGACAUCCACAGCCAGCCAGGAUUCGCCUUCAGCCGCAAUGGCCCCGUCAAGAGGACCGCCGUCACACACAUCCUCGUCUGCAGGCCCAAGCGCACGAAGCCAAGCCUCUCAGAAUUCCUGGAGUCGGAGGACGGAGAGCCAGAGCAGCAGAGGACGUACGUGAGUGGACACAACCGCCUGUACUUCCACAGCGACAGUUGCAUGCCGCUGCGCCCUCAGGAAAUGGACGUGGACAGUGAAGAUGAGAGAGACCCCGAGUGGCUGAGAGAGAAAACUUCCACACAAAUUGAAGAGUUCACAGACGUCAACGAAGGAGAAAAGGAGGUGAUGAAGUUGUGGAACCUCCAUGUCAUGAAGCAUGGGUUUAUAGCAGAUAACCAGAUGAACCAGGCCAUCAUGCUGUUUGUGGAGAACUGUGGUCCUCACAUCGCACACAGGAACCUGUGGCGCAACUUCCUGCUUCACCUGGUCAGCAUGCACGACUUCAACCUGGUCACCACAGCGACCAUCGACCGGGCCCUGACACGGCUACGGGAGAUCCAGGCCGAGCUGCCCAAGCCGGAGGAGAGUGCCUGUAAUGGCCAUGCCGUCUCAUCGGGGUUCUCCCUGCACGGCAAGCGCACCAAGAGUGGCGUCACUGACUGAACGCCUUCGGAUCUCCAAAAAUCAGCUCCGCUGUGGUUCAGCACCGAAUCAUUACGACCCCGGGUGGGGGUAGGGGACUGCUAGAGUGGUUAAUUCUAGAUCUAGACCUAAAGAGUCGUUGGAUUCACACACCGCCUGCUGCUAGGAAUCAUCACAACUUUGACUAGGGAUGGGAUUUCCAGAAUCAAAACAUCUAGAAAUAAAUGUUUUAUAACUGAAACUAAAACAUUUUGGGCCAUUCAAAAAAAAAAAUCAAUCUUUGAAUGAUUUAAGAAAUCAUAGAAACAGUUGGGUCUUGGGGGAUUUUUUGUUGUUUUUUUUUUGUUGUAUUUUGCUUUUCUAGAUUUCACUGAAAUUUCUGCAGCUGUUGGUAAAGGUGCAGCCUUCUCAGCCAGUCACACAAGACCAGCUCAUAUUCUGGGAUUUGAAAGUGGAAUUUCUUCUCUGAUUCCAGAAAACGCUUAAACUUUUGUUUUUUGAAAUAGAAUUCAUAAGCUUUGAGAACUUAAGGGUUGAAAAUUUGAGGCCAGCGCUUGAAAAGACUGGAGGUUGUAUUUUUAUGAUACUAGAAAAGUGCUGAAACUAUUUGGUUUUCUGGACCUAACUGAAGCUGAUGAUCUCUUAACAGCUGGUUAAAAUUCAGUGUUACAUUCUGAAAAUUAGCACAGCCCUAGGGUUUGAGAAAUCACUUCUGAAAUUUCCAGAAAAGAUUUUUUAUUUCCAGAAAGUGUUUUUUUUACUUCUAAAUUUAAAACAUUUAGAAAUAAAACUUUUAGAGUUGAAGCUAAAAUUAUUGAGUCAAUCAAGCAAAUUCCGCAAUAUUCUGAGGAGCUUGCAGUUUUUCAAAAUUACAACAGAUUUUCUGCAGAUUUGGGCCGAGACGUGUCGUGACGUCAUCACAACAUCUUCGAUUCACGUACGUCGAACAUGAGUACAGUUUAAAAGGUCUCAUUUACCAAGAAACAUCACUCUGAAAGAGUGUGCAAAGAAAAGCACGAAAACUCCGCAAAUUGCAUCGCAGAUUUGGAAAAAAGCCGCAGUAAAAUCAAGCGUUUUUUUGCUGCAACAAUCACAAAACAUCUGUACGGGCUGAUUAUAGUCUAAGACUAGAUGCUGACAUUCUAAAAACUAAAAAUAAUCCAUCAGUUUUCUGUGCAAAUCUAGAAAGCAUUCUUUUAUUUUUGUUUUGUCUUUUCUCCAGAUUUGAACAGAAAAACAUACCAUUUUCUGUACCAUUUCCUUCCACCCAACUUCUAGAAUGCUUUACAAUUUAAUUUUCUUUUUCGUGAGAAUGAUUUUCUUAAAGGUGGAGAAUCUUCCAGCGCUCACAGACAACACGCAGCCAGGCAGCUUGAGAUUUCACUAGGACGUCAAUUUCUCCUCAAUUCUAUGAAGGGUUUCUUUCUGGUAUUCUAGUGAAGAAAAAAAAGAGGUAGAUGAUUGACAGCACAGCGGCAGAGAACAUUGUGUGUGCAGCCCUGAACGACUCUUAUUUGUUUGUCUAGAGUUUACAAACAAAUUGUACAGUUCUGAUCCAGAGCCGAGUUGAUUUUAGAGAAGAUUUUGUAACAAAAUGACGUUUUAGACUGAAACACCAGUUUUAAGGACUGAAGCAGUUUUUUGCGCCUUUUUUUGUUUUGUCUGUUUUUUUGUAUCACACACAACACUGAGACUCCAUUUCUGUUUGUUUGGGUUAUGUUUAGUUUGUUUUCUCUGUGCGUUUGUCUCCAGAUUCCUUUCUGUCGUUAUAAUUAACUCUAGAAAGGACAAUCUGACAGUCCUGGGUUUUUUUUUGUUUUGUUUUUUUUACAGUCCGUUAGCAAUUCACUUGUUUAGUGUGUUUUUUUUUUUGUUUGUUUGUUUUUUUCUUGACACAGAAACUAUCUUUUUAUUAUUUUUAUUACGACGUCCUCUCUGAGUGCGGCACUUUGCCUCCGUCUCAGCAUUAUUAAUUAAUUACUUAAUUAAUCAGCAAUAUGAUCCGAGCUCUCGUUUGUAUUUUUGCCUUUACGGUUGGUUAAAGGUGCACGAGGAACAAAAUCCCAAAAUUGGACUGCUUUUAGAAAUUAACAAGUGGAUGGAUGGAUGAAAAGAGGGGCGGAGCAUCAUGACGUCGUCCCUCAGGUUAUUUUUUUUCUCACAAACAACCGAACACAAAGCUAGAAUAGUUUGAUAAUCUGAUGAUCAGGAUGUUAAGCUCAAUUCCGGUGAAUAAGUGUGUCGUACUUUAUAAAAUGCCAAAGCACUCAGUUUUGUUUCGUUUUCCCCUUCACUCAGUAUACAGUGUAUAUUUCAAAUUGUAAACGAAAAAAUUUCAUAGGUUUCCCUGUAACGUGGAAAUAUGACAAAUUAAAAAUGUUUUAAAUGGAAA